GAGAAUUAUUCCUUCAAAUUAAAUAUAUGUAAGAAGAUAAUACUCUUAUAGAAGUGGAGAAAUUUGAUGCUUCGUAUUACAAGGCAAUCCCUUUAUGAAAAAGUGGUAACAAAGAAGAAAGCCACAGGAGGAUUCAGAGUCAUCCAUCAAUUGUGCGUAAGGGUGUUUCCGUGCUAUUACGGAAGCAGUUUCGCUGCGUGCAUCGCGCGUAUCCAAACGUGCAAACGAGGUAAGGCGCUGCCAACCCAAGAAAACGAAACGCGACCAAUGAGCGCGCGAAGAGCGACCGAACAAUGAACAUUUGCCGUGAGUUUCCGGCCAAAUAUCGAACAUCGAGUGAAUGAAUUGACUGUCGGCGUUCAUCAUUUUUUUCGCGUCGCCAUUUUUUUACACGUUUCUGUUUGUUUUGUUAGUUGUAUAUUAUUUAAUUUUAUAACAGUGUACUUAACGUUAAGGUGUUGCUUACAUUUGUUGCAUCUGGGUUUUGGCUUGCAUCUUAGGAUAUAGCACCAUGGCUCUUAGUGACGAGCUGGCUCAAUUAAAGCUCCGUAGGGGCUAUGUAAAGGGUGCAAUAACUCGUGAAGAAAGUUUUUGUAACAGCGAAGAAAUUGUGAUCGCGUCUAGUGAGUUGCUCACGGAGCGGCGCAGUCGCUUGGUGAAAAACUUUGCCUCUUACGAGGACCUCAACAAGAGUAUUUUGUGCAUAAAUCCAAAGGACGAUGAAGACCCAGUUGUUUAUGAAAGAAUUCAUAGAUUUUUUGGAGUCCAGAGCGUUGGCCAGGGAGAAUGCAAUGGAAACAAUGCCUGUGAGUACUCCCAGUGGUGUGAAGCCUGGCAAGCCUGCAUGUAAUACAGCAGCAGCAGUCUCAUGUAAGUAUUGCAAUACUAAUCAUAGAUUAUACAUGUGUGCCAAAUUUAAACUUGCUGCUGAUAAUGACAAGGGUCAAUUUGUUAAAAAACAUAAAUUAUGCAUUGUUUGUUUGAAUGCGCAUGGUGGUAAAUGCAAGCUGCGUUUGAAAUGCUCAAUCUGUCAGCAACGGCACAAUACGCUUCUGCAUGGUGUGGAAAUGGCUAAGAAGGAGGCGAGCAAUGUCGCCACUGCCAGUUCUACUGCCACAGUGCCCUGUGCUGAUGUUGGAAGGUCUGACAGUGCAGUAGCUAUGUCAAGUACCUCGCCUGUGAAGGAUGUGCUGCUACCUACCGCUAUAGUGCGUAUUAUCACCAAAAAUGGUACAUUUAUCCAUGCACGCGCUUUGCUGGACACGGGUAGCCAGGUAUCUUUUAUUACAGAAAAGCUUGCUGAUCAAAUUGAUUGCAAGAUUACACCGGCAAAUCAGCUCAUAACAGGUAUUCUACAAGGCACUAGUAAUAUGCACCAGAGGGCAAAUUUUGAUAUUUAUGCUGCUAAUAAUAACUUUAAAUUAGCCUUAAACUGUUAUAUAGCUAAGAAUAUAACUUGUGAACUGCCACAACAGAGUUUUUAUAAUGUUGGGUUUAAUAUUCCUUCGCAUGUCUAUUUGGCAGAUAAAAACUUUAAUAAAACUGGUGAAAUUUCUUUGUUAUUAGGGUGUGAUGUAUUUUUCCAGGUGCUUCAGAGUGAAUCACUGCCUCUAACGCCGCAAGGUCCCUACCUGGUUAGUACCAGCCUAGGUUAUAUUGUAGCAGGCAGCCUACCAGUAUCCGUUGGAAACAUCCAUUCUUCAAAUUUCUGUGUAACAGUUCAAGGUACCCCCCAUAAUAUUUCUCAUAAUUCUCAUAAUGAUCAACUUGAUAGUAUUGAACAUACUAUUUCAAAUUUUUGGAAAUGUGAAAAAGUACCUGAAAUUUAUAAAGAAGGUAUUACUGAACAUCAACUAGCUGAGGAAUGUUUUCAAAACUCUGUCAAACUUGUUGAUGGAAAGUUUUGUGUAGAUUUACCUUUAAAACUUAAUUUAAACGAUAUCCAGAUGGGUAACUCAUUUAAUCAGGCAUUGCAUCGUUUUCAUAAUUUAGAAAGGCGUUUCGCUAAAGAUGAUAAGUUAUAUCAACAGUAUAAGAAGUUCAUUCAUGUUUAUCUUGAGCAAGGCCAUGCCAUGUACUUUGAUAUAUCUAACUAUGAUCCUAGGGCAGGUAAUGUGUAUUUCUUACCUCACCACCCAGUCAUUAAUUUAAAUAGUAAAACUACUCCGGUUCGAGCUGUCUUUGACGCGAGCAUGAAAACCAAUAAAGGUAUUUGUCUAAAUGACAUGAUGCUUAAUGGGCCUGUUGUGCAAAAUGAUUUAUUUGAUAUUUUGACACUAUUUAGGAGUUUUAAAUAUGUUUUACUGUGUGAUAUAAAGGCUAUGUAUAGGGGUAUAUUAGUGAGUAAAGACCAUUGCUGCUUGCAAAAUAUUCUUUGGCGAGAUUCUGUUGAUCAAAGUGUGCAAUGUCUUCAGCUACAAACUGUCACAUAUGGUUUAAAGAGUUCUGCAUUUUUAGCAACUAGGUGUUUGAUUGAACUUGCUGAACGGUACCAAGAGAAGUAUCCAUUAGCAUCUUUUGUGUUGAAAUAUUCUACAUAUGUCGAUGAUGUUUUAUGUGGUUCCAACGAUAUUUUAGAGCUUGUUGAGAUAAAAAGGCAACUUAUUGAGCUUUUGAGCUUAGCUAGUUUUUCAUUACACAAGUGGUGUUCAAAUAACACUGAAAUAUUAGAUGACAUUCCUAUAGAAAUUCAUCAAUUAAAUAAAGAGGAUUUUGAUAAAACAAAUACUUUUGUGAAAACUUUAGGCUUGUCAUAUGAUGUGACUUCUGAUACUUUAAAUAUGAAAUGUCCAAGUGCUGAAAUACAAAAACCUUCUACUAAGAGACAAAUGUUAAGUUUUAUUAGCAAAUUUUUUGAUCCUUUGGGUUUGGUAGGUCCUAUUUUGGUGCAAGCUAAAUACUUAAUGCAACAAGUCUGGUUUGAAAAGUUAAAGUGGGAUGAUAUUCUCCCUGAUUCUUUAAAUAAAAAAUUUCUUCAAUUUGUUGAAGGUUUGAUGAACAUGUCUUGUAUAUCUGUUCCUAGAAAUAUCAAUGUAUAUCCACAUAAAAGGCUAGAGUUAGUUGGUUAUGCUGAUGCAUCUAAUAUCGCACAUGGGUGUUGCCUUUAUUUGAGAGUAGUCAGAGAUGAUAACACUGUAAAUGUUAACCUUUUGUGUUCCAAGUCUCGUAUUAACCCUAAGGAUAAAACAUUAACUAUUCCUAGACUUGAGCUCAAUAGUGCUUUGUUGUUAGCCAAGUUGGCAAGAAAAGUGCAUGAUACUUUAGCAGUAAAAUAUAAUUAUAUUCCUAUUUACUUAUAUUUAGAUUCAAAGAUUGUUUUAUCACGGCUUAUGAUUGAGGCUGUAAAACUAACUGCUUAUGUUGUUAAUAGAAUUUAAAAAAAAAAAUCAAGCAGUUAUCUAAAGAUGUACACUGGGACUAUGUCAGCACCAAUGAGAAUCCUGCUGAUUGCUUAUCUCGCGGUCUUAAACCAGAUCGGUUAAUCGAAAACUCAUUGUGGUUUCAUGGUCCACAGUACUUGCAAAACAGUGAAUAUGUUCAUGAUAAUUCUCAGAUAAAUACUGAUGUUUCUGAUACUUCUGAGCUCAAUUCGAUUCCUUCAACAUGUAAUUCUUUAAUUAAAUGUAAGGAAAAUAAUUUGUUUUAUAGUUUUAGGUAUUCUAAUUUAAGUACAAUGGCUAGAAUAAUGGCUUAUGGCUUUUAUAGUCUGAUAAUGUAUCUCCAUUGAACUGGCCUGUAGGUAGAAUUGUUAAGGUCAUUCCAGGAAAAGAUGAUUUAGUUCGUGCAGUGGAGGUAAAAACUAGCAAAGGUCACGUUGUAAGAACAAGUGUUAUGGAAGUGUGUCCAUUACCUAUUGAGUAUAAUUAAUGGACCUACUCUUUAAUUUUAAAAUAAGAAUUACUCCUGAGUUUAGUUUAUCUUUAAUUUCUUUACUAAUCCAUUUGGGUAUUUAUUUUAAAUGUUUAGCUUUAUGAUGAGUUUAGCUUGUGGCUGAGGCCCCAGCAUGUUCAUGACAUAUAAAACCUCAUUGGAGGAUGUAUUUAAUUUUAAUUUUUUCUAAAAUGUCAAGAACAAAAGAAAUGAAGGUCACUCUGUACAAAUUUUUCCCUGUGAGCACGUUUAUAUAAUUUCUUCUAAAUUAAUAAAAGUAUUGUUAUAUAUUUACACCA